AUGCCUACCUUAAUAAUUUCAGAGGAUGGGACCAACACUACAUGUAUAAUAGAUUGGCACCGACCAGCCACAAUACAAUGCGACUCCUACCACUCGCACUGUGCCGUGUUCCAAGAGGCUGCAGUCCCAACCACGCAGCUCGACACGCAGCUGCCGUUGCCUACCAAAUCCGAAGCUCACAACAGUCGCCCCAAGCUUCCUCACCGCAGACAUCAUCGACCAUACCCGCCAUUCCCCAUCGCAAUCUUGAUCGAAGUCGCCCUCACGUCAAUCGGCACGGGCUACGAUUUAGCCAACGCCAUCUUCUCUCCCGACGGUCGCAAUUUCCAGGUCGAAUACGCCAUCAAGGCGGUCGAGAACGGCGGUACCACGGUCGGUAUCCGAUGCAAGGAUGGCGUCGUGCUGGCGGUCGAGAAGAUUGUUAGCUCUAAGCUCCUGAAGCCUGGUGCCAACAAGCGGAUCGGGACCGUAGAUAGGCAUGUUGGUGUGGCCUUCUCGGGUAUGAUUCCCGAUGGCAGGCACUUCAUCUCCCGGGCCCGUGACGAGGCUGUCUCAUGGCGAGACAUGUACAAAUCUCCCAUCCCUACCAACCUUCUUGCCUCCCGAAUGGGCUCCUACCUACAAGCCUACACCUGUCACUCCUACGUUCGUCCCUUUGGCAUCACUGCCAUCGUCGCCGGUUUCGACCCCGAACACGAGCUUCCCGUCGAUGGAGAGGUUGGCUCUGGUCCCUCGUGCGGUGCCGGUGGUAAGGUCGCCGACAAGAAGCACGGCGGCCCCUUCCUCUACAUGAUUGAGCCCUCGGGUCUCUACUGGGGAUACUACGGUGCGGCGACAGGCAAAGGCCGCCAGGCGGCCAAGGCCGAACUUGAGAAGCUCGAUCUCGCUGCCGGCACUCUCAGCCUAGAGCAGGCUGUCAAGGAGGCGGCGAGGAUCAUCCACAAGAGCCAUGGCGAGGAGAAUGCGAAGGACUACGAGAUCGAGAUGACCUGGAUCAGCGGCCUCAACGGUCCCACAAAGGGAAGACAUGUAGAGGUCCCCGAGGCACUAAGGGAGGAGGCCUUGAGGCUGGCCAAGGAGGCGGAGGAUGAGGAGGAAGACUGA